CAUAAUCGGGAAAAGUUCAUAGCAGUCGCCAGCAUGUUCCGCGCGGUUUGCUUUUGUUCCUUGUUGUUCGCAACUACUCUCGUCUAUGGCGAGAUCAAAAACAAAGGAUGGUGGAAGAACGCUGUAUUUUAUCAAAUCUAUCCACGGAGUUUCAUGGAUUCCAAUGACGACGGAGUCGGUGAUCUAAAAGGUAUUACAUCGAAAUUGGAACAUUUCGUCGACGCUGGAGUUCGAGGAAUAUGGCUUUCACCUAUUUAUGCGAGUCCAAUGAUAGAUUUUGGUUACGACAUAUCAGAUUUCAAAGCCAUACAUCCAGAGUUUGGUACCAUGCAGGAUUUCGAGACAUUGGUAGCCAAAUCGAAGAAACUUGGAUUAAAAGUAAUUCUUGAUCUCGUACCAAAUCAUACAUCCGACAAGCACGAGUGGUUCCAAAAGUACCUCGCCGGGGAGAAAAAAUAUAAGGAUUAUUAUAUUUGGAGAAAGGGACGAAAGGAUGAUGGAGUGACACCACCGAACAAUUGGAUCAGCUUGUUCAGUGGAUCUGCGUGGACAUACAAUGCAACCUUAAAGGAAUGGUAUUUCCAUCAAUUCGAGUACAGGCAACCAGAUUUGAAUUACAAUAACCCAGAAGUGCGAGCCGAGAUGGAAGACGUCAUUCGAUUUUGGUUAGGUAAAGGCGUAGACGGUUUUCGAAUAGACGCCGUUCCGCAUCUUUUCGAAAUAGAAGAUCUCCGUGAUGAACCUAGAAGUUCGGAUCCAAGUGCUACCGAUCGUGAUUACACUUAUUUGAACCACAUUUAUACCAAAGAUGAUCCACGAACUUAUGAACUGGUACAAAGCUGGAGAAACAUUCUCGAUGAUUAUUCCGAUGCCAAUAACGAGGAUGAGAAGGUGAUGAUGACCGAGGCUUAUACUUCUCUAGAAAAUACUACGAAGUAUUACGAGUACGGUUCUCACAUACCAUUUAAUUUCAAACUGAUCACUGACGUGAAUCAGAAUUCGAGCGCUUCCGAUUUUAAGAGAAUUAUCGAGGCAUGGAUGGCGCAUACUCCAAGCACUGGAAGUGCCAAUUGGGUGUUGGGAAAUCACGAUCGAAGUCGUACCGCGUCACGUUAUCCAGAAAGAAGUAUUCAAAUGAAUAUGUUACCAAUGAUCUUGCCUGGCGUUGCCGUAACUUAUUACGGAGAGGAGAUCGGAAUGGUGGAUAAGAGUGACAUAUCGUGGGAGGACACGCAAGAUCCGCAAGCUUGUAAUGCAGGAAAGGAUAAGUAUCGAAGUCGAUCUCGUGAUCCAAAUCGCACACCUUUUCAAUGGGACAGCAAUGAAAAUUCGGGAUUCAGCAAAGGUAAUCGAACAUGGCUUCCAGUUCAUGAUAAUUAUAAAGGAUUGAACUUGGAAAAUCAAAAGAACACACCACAACAGUCACUUUAUAAGAUGUAUCGAACUUUGAUUCAAUUACGUAACACAUCGCGUGCACUUCAGCAUGGUGAAUUAAAAAUGAAGGUAAUGAAAUUCAACACGGAUUAUUGUUAUAACUGCGAAUUGUUAGCUAUCAGCCGAGAAGUUCCUGGAGAGACCGUGUCCCUCCUAAUGAGUUUUUCUCCAGCUAUAGCAGUUCGCGUAGAAUUAAAGGAUGUCAUGACUCUUUAUAAAAAUACAUAUAGUGAGGUUGAUGCCUUUACUCCGAAGAGAUAUAGUUUAAAUGCCGGCUAUGUAUAUGUUUUCCCUUGGGAAGGACGUGUUAUAUCGUCUAGUGAUUAAGUUUACUAUCGACAAAUACCAAUCAAUUUUGGAGAUAUGUGGAAUGAUUUUGCAUAAAUAUGCAGCAUUUCAAUGAUCUAAUCUUAUCAAUUUUUUUAAUCUUAGAAACUACAGAAAAAUAUGUCUAUUUAAGCGAAAUAUUUUCUGAUAAAAACUUGAAAAUUUGACCUUCUAUAAAAAUUACACAAUUCCAAUUUACACAUUUUACAUCCAUUUUUCUGAGAUAACAAGCAUAUUCGAUGCCCUAUAUUUUAAAUAUACUAUUGAAUAAAUAUUUAUUUUAUUUGUUC